AUGAGCACGGCCUGCCACGGCGCCCGCCGCCUGCGCCGCGCCCGCGGCGGCGGCAGGGGCGGGCCUGCCCGCGGCAGCCACGUCCUGUGGAAGGCAGCCUCCGCAUACCUGAGGAGGUAUGCGGAGGCUAAGCUCAUCAUCACCACGCGCCUCCACUGCGGCGUGCCGGCGGCGGGGAUGGGCGUCCCAGUCAUCCUGGUGAAGCACAAGGAUGGUGUGACGGGGCGCUUCGACGGCUUCCACCACCUGUUCCACACCAUUGACAUCUGGAAGCAGCGUGACAAAGCAAAGGCCUUCCUGCAGGCGUUCGACUACGGCGCGCCACCACCCAUCCCCGCGCGCACGGGACCCGCCCCGGAGUGGAGGGCGCUGCGUUGCGCGCUGCUGGGCCACGUCACGGCGCACCACCCCACGCUGCUGGACGCCAUCUACGCCCAGUCGCUCACCCCCGCCUUUGAGCGCUGCGAGGCGUUCCGCGAGUACCAGCUCAGCGGCAAGGGCUUGCUGACCCAGCUGACGCAACUCCAGGAGGCGCUGAAUAAGGGCGGCGCCAGCCGGCUGGAGCACUAUGUGCACAACGUGGUGGGCACUCUCAACCUGGCGCCCGCCAUAUUUGGGCAGCGCGAGACCUACCUGGAUGCAGUACAGCGUCGGCAGGACCACGAGGCUCUGACACAGCUACGCACCGUCAUCACGUGCACCAACGCCAUCACGGGCCAGUUGGGCGUGCGUGCCCAGUACGUCUCCCUGCACAUAGUCGCCGCCACCGCCAAGGUGCUGGGCCCCUGCGAGGUGUCUGUGUACAGCCUCGGCACGGUCCCGGCCUGA